CCCCCAACUUUCUUCUGUACUCUAUUCUUAUUUCUCCUAAUUGUCCAACACUUUUCAUUUCCAUUCACUUUCAAAUUCAUCAAUAUAAUCCAAUGCCUUCUUCUUCUUCUUCUUCGAUUCGAGUUUACCGCCGCCGGAUUUCUCUACCGGCAGUGGCAAUGGCGGUGACGGUGGUGUUGCUGGUUUUUAUGGUGAGUAUAUGCUGGAGCGGGAGUGUGGGACAUAUGCCGUCCACGACGGAGGAGGCUCGAGAUUACCAAGAAAUGAAGAGCAAAGCGGAGGAGAAAGAUCAGACGGGGGAGACGUGGACGGAAUGGGCGAAAGAGAAAAUCACAGGGGGACUUGGAUUGAAGAGUGAAAGGCAGGAAGAUGAUGAGGGUGGCGUUAAGAAGGUUACUGAUUUCACUUCCGAUUCUGCUAAAAAGGCCAAAGACAAGAUACAGAACGUCGCUUCAGGAGUGGGACAGUACGGCGCUGAAAAGGCCGAAGAAGUGAAAGGCAUGGCGGCGGAGAAGGCUGGUGAGGCCAAAGAUAAGGCAGCGAAACUGGGAACAGUAGCUGAGAAAACGACGGAAGCGGCGGACAAGGCAAAAGAAAAGGCACAAAAUGCGGCAAAAGGAACCAAAGAGAAAGUUACCUCCCUAAAAAACAAAGCAGAAGAAAGCUCGGGUGAGGCGACUGAGAAAACGAAGGAAGCGGCCAAUGAGGCGAGGAAAAAAACAGAAGAAACAGCAGAGGAGGCGAAGGAAAGAGCCUCGACGGGAGCAAGAGAGGCGGAGGAGAGAGCAGGAGAGAUGAAGGAGAAGGCGAAAGUGAAGGGGAAGGAAGCGAAGGAGAGAGCGGAGGAGGAGGCAGGGAGGGCAGAGGAGAUAGCGGAGAAGGGGAAGAGAUGGGCAAAGGAAGGGUUUGAGGCUGCGAAGGAGAAGGCAGAGGAGGUGGUGGAAGCGGCGAAGGAGAAGAUAGGGGAGCAAUACGAGGCGGCGAAGAAGAAGUCGCAGAGGAUUAAAGACGACGUGGUUCGGUCCGAGGUGGAAGACGAGCUUUAAACAACACCCGGGCACGGGGUACGUAGUUUUGUGUGUUCAUAUUAUGUUAAUUCUGAGGACAAUGUGAGAGGCAGCGUCCUUCGUUUGAAUGAAAUGAUAUGUUUUCGAGGGAAGUCGUUUUACGUUGGUUAUGAUGUGAGUGUGUGUUUGUGUAUAUAAUGAAAUCAUAAGAAAGAGUUUGUUGUUCAAAUCGUUUUUGGUACUUCAA